GCGAUCACGGAAGUCAGAUCGUCGAGAUGAAAUUUUAGUUUUGCGUAGCCCGCCGUAGUGAUUGAUCGUUGAGUGGAUUGUUUCGUUUAAAGUUUUAAAUUUCGUCAGACGACUAGUUGUGUAACUGAUUUUGAUGGUUGAACUAUAAAGUGCCUAUAAUUUACUGGAAUUGAUAAUAGUGCAACAGUGGUAAUAUACACCGCAUUAACUUCAGAUUUCCACCUUGAAAGUUACGAAAAUCAAUAGAAAAUUGUAAUUUCGGUUGUUAAAAAAAGACUUCAAGUUCAUUAUCGUGGAAUUUCAGCCAAUUUCUGUGGCACGAGCACAUUAAGGAGACGGUAGGUUUUACAUUGCAUAAUAUUGUAGCAGAAGACAAAAAUUGUUUGAGAACACAAACAUGACCCAAUUUAUCGACGAGGAGGACGACGAAUCCAAAGUCUUGCGGCCGCAUCGAGUAUCGAUAAAUCAAAUUGCAAAGCAAAAAAUCAACAAUAACGAUGAAGUUGCCGAAAAAUCGCUAGGCCUCGGAGCGAAGUCCAUUUUGACACAAAUUCUAAUGUGUGUUUUAAUAAAUACAUCCGUUCUUUCGACCGGGAUGGCUCUCGGAUUUCCUGCUGUUACAAUAUCCUCAUUAACGAAUCAGACCAGCACCAUGGCUUUAACAGAAUCAGAAAUUUCGUGGUUCGCUUCUAUACCGGCACUACUUUGCCCCGUUGGUGGAUUCAUCUGUAGCUGUACGUUAGACAAAUUCGGACGUAAACGAACUUUGUAUCUCGUAAAUCUAAUCGCCAUAACGUCUUGGCUCAUUCUCACAUUCGCGAGCACCUCCGACAGAGAUGUAAUGUUUGCGCAGAUAAUUGCAGCGCGUAUCAUCAUUGGCAUAUCGACUGGAUUUUCCACUGGUCCAUCGAGUGUCUACACAGCCGAAAUCGCCCAUCCAAAAAUUAGAGGGCGAUUAGUGGUGCUCGGCUCCUGUUCAAUAGCAACUGGUAUCAUGUUGAUUUAUAUGCUCGGGUUUUUCAUACCAACAAAUUGGCGGCUGAUAAGUGGCAUUGCGUGUGGAAUUUCUGUAGCCGCCACGAUCUUACUGUCAUUCAUACCUGAAUCUCCGAAUUGGUUGGCGUCGAAGGGUCGCAUCGACGAAGCCGAAAAAUCUCUUAGACUGUUCAAGGGGCUGCCGCGCGUGGGAAGCUUCACAAAUCCGGAGCUGAGCAACGAGAUCACACACCUCCAACACCAGAGUCGUACGCGAAAUGAACAGAACGAAUCUGUUAUGGACAAACUGACCAGACCGGAAGUGUACAAGCCAAUGGGUAUCAUGAUCGGAUUUUUUGCGUUCCAACAGUUUUGCGGGAUCUUCAUCGUCAUCGUGUAUGCGGUGUCAUUUUCGCAAGCAGCCGGCGUCAAUUUGGAUCCUUUCUUGUGUGCGGUUCUGAUUGGUGCUACACGUCUCGUUGCCACCUUUGGAAUUAUGUUCGUGUUGGAUUCGGUGGGUCGACGCAUUCCCACUAUGUUAUCCGGCUUUUCCAUGGCUGUUUGCAUGUUCAGUUUGAUGAUUUACACGAAGUACUACGCGGACACACUGACAUGGAUUCCAGUCACGUUAAUCUUAUUAUUUGUGCUGUGCAGUACUAUCGGUUUACUAACGAUCCCGUUUACGCUACUGGGCGAAAUGUAUCCAGCUAACGCACGCGGACUGGCAUCCGGUAUAACAUUAAGCGUUGCAUUUACCUUGACGUUUGUUGUUGUAAAACUCUAUCCCACAUUUAUUGAUGCGUUUGGCCACAACAAUUUGUUUUUGUUCUUCGGUGUAAUGUCCUUGUUGAGCAUGGUCUACGUUUAUUUCCUGGUACCGGAGACCAAGGGUAAGACUUUGAAGGAAAUAGGAGAAAUGUUUCGCAAGAAGUCAAUUGUUGACGUUAAAGAGGGCUACUUAAGGGUAGACGUUGAAAACUAGAUUGGAGUGAGAUGAUAGGAUUGAGUUUCUCGCAAUUUCGAGAAAAUGAAGAAGUCACAUUUUCCAAAGCUGUUAACUUUGGGGAGGUCACGCAGAUACGUGAGUGACGUAUCAUAGUUGACGAUAAAAUGGUGGAUUUCAUACAAAAAUUCACCUCCUCUGAUGAUUCUCGUCGUUCUCGUAGCCGUGAU